AUGGCGGGGGGGUGGGUGGGUGCGUGGGGGUGGUCACCCGUCCCUCCCCAGCCCCUGAGGCUGUUGGGAACAGCUGACGGUAGCAGGGGACAGCUGUUCCACCCCACCAGGCGCCAGGCCCAGGACACCACCGCACAGGCAGCCGAGUGGAGCCCCAGCCCCUGUCCCCACGGCACCGCCAUGCGCUGCCACAGCCUCCUCCUCACCCUCUGUGCCCUGGCAGGUGUGGGCUGCAGGAACCAGGAGGAGAAGCUGCUCCAGGACCUCAUGAACAACUACAACCGGCAACUGCGUCCAGCCCUGCAUGGGGACCAGAUCAUUGAUGUCACCCUAAAGCUCACCCUCACCAACCUCAUCUCCCUGAACGAGCGGGAGGAGACCCUCACCACCAAUGUCUGGAUCGAGAUGCAAUGGUCUGAUUAUCGCCUGCGGUGGGACCCUGAGAAAUAUGACAACAUCCAGACGCUGCGCGUGCCCUCCACCAUGGUCUGGCUGCCUGACAUUGUCCUGGAGAACAACAUCGACGGGACGUUCGAAAUCACCCUCUACACCAAUGUGCUGGUGUAUCCCGAUGGCAGCAUCUACUGGCUGCCCCCUGCCAUCUACCGCAGCGUGUGCUCCAUCCACGUCACCUAUUUUCCCUUCGACUGGCAGAACUGCACCAUGGUUUUCCAGUCCCAGACAUACAGCGCCAAUGAAAUCAACCUGCUGCUGACAGUGGAGGAAGGCCAGACCGUGGAGUGGAUCUUCAUCGACCCGGAGGCUUUCACAGAGAAUGGCGAAUGGGCUAUCAAGCACCGCCCGGCUCGGAAGAUCAUCAAUUCGGAGCAGUUCACCCCAGAUGACAUCCAGUACCAGCAGGUCAUCUUCUACCUCAUCAUCCAGCGCAAGCCGCUUUUCUACAUCAUCAACAUCAUUGUGCCCUGUGUCCUCAUCUCCGCCAUGGCCGUGCUGGUCUACUUUCUGCCUGCCAAAGCGGGUGGGCAGAAAUGCACUGUCUCCAUCAACGUCCUCCUGGCCCAGACCGUCUUCCUCUUCCUCAUUGCCCAGAAGGUGCCCGAGACCUCCCAGGCUGUGCCUCUCAUUGGGAAGUACUUGACCUUCCUCAUGGUGGUGACGGUAGCGAUUGUGGUGAAUGCUGUCAUAGUCCUCAACAUCUCACUGAGGACACCCAACACUCACUCCAUGUCCCAGAGAGUGCGCCAGGUGUGCCUGCACCUCCUGCCCCGCUACCUGGGCAUGCACAUGCCAGAGGAGACAGCGGGGCCACCGCAAGCUGCCCGGAGACGCAGCUCCCUGGGGCUCAUGGUGAAAGCUGAUGAGUACAUGCUCUGGAAAGCCCGGACCGAGCUGCUCUUUGAGAAGCAGAAAGAGAGAGAUGGGCUGAUGAAAACGGUGUUGGAGAAGAUUGAACGUGGCCUGGACAGCGGCAGUGCCCAGGACUUCUGCCAGAGCUUGGAGGAGACAGGCCCCGAGAUCCGCGCCUGCGUGGACGCCUGCAACUACAUCGCCAAUGCCACACGGGAGCAGAAUGAUUUCAGCAGCGAGAGCGAAGAGUGGAUCCUGGUGGGACGGGUGAUCGAUCGUGUCUGCUUCUUCAUCAUGGCCUCCCUCUUUGUGUGCGGCACCAUUGGCAUCUUCCUCAUGGCUCACUUCAACCAGGCACCUGCCCUGCCCUUCCCCGGGGACCCCAAGCAGUACCUGCCGCAGUGAUGUCCGCAGGUGCCCACCAGCCAUCCUGCUGCCGGGACCACCGGAGCCAGGGGCUGGGCACCCUCAAACCAGCCUGCCUCAUUGAGGUCCCCGCAGGCACAGCAGCUCCUGGUACCAAGCAUAACACUGGAGGACUGGGGAUGGUGGGGCUCUGCCAGCCCCCAGCCGUGGUGGUGAUGGGGAAGGGGGGAACACGGGGUGGCCAUGCUGUGCUGAAUGUAGAAGUAAAGCCUGCGGCAGUCUCGCGAGCCUCCGUGGCAUCAUUGCUGCAUGGCCACUAAUGGCAUUGCCCCUCUUGGACAGACCGCACGUGCCACCUGUGCAGGCUGCCCACAGACCUCUAAGCCACACAGUCCUGUGCCAGCACCACACAAGGGUGCUCAGAGACAAGACAAGGGGGAACCAGAGCAGAGUCAGGCAUCUGCUGGUGCACCAGCACUGGCAGCAAGAGCCACGCAAAUUCACGGCAAUGGUGGCAAUGGGGCAGGAAUCACGGAUACAGCCCCCCAUCCUGGGGCAGCGAUGGAGCCACAGAAAGGCUUAGGGACAGGUCAUUCCCUCCUCCCAGCCAUGGCUCUUGGGGGCAGCUGAAUUGCUGUCCCUGCUUCCUAGUAAGCAGCUUGGGGUGGGAAGACCAUGGGCCACCAGGCACCCACACCCCCUCAGGGAUGGGUGCCCCUUGGCACCCGCUCUACUACGAGCAUCAUUACGUGACUCCCUCCCCUGCUGGCCCUCCUUGCCAUACAGGAUCA